AGUGUCAGGCAAGGGAAAAAGGAGAGGCAUGGAUGCGUCUGCAACUUUUCUGAUAGAGAGAAAAUCAUCGAUUGAGAAUGAGCCCAGGACGCUUAACAUGAGUCAACUUCAAUUUGCAAGGGAGGCAGCACUUUAUGUUGCGGAAACCACAAGUUUUGAAGAGGCACUAAGAAUUUUCACCAAGGGCUUAGAGCCAGUGGUGAGUGCUGUGAAGGACAAAAAGAAUUUUUCUAUGGACACAACGGAAGAUUACUGUGAUAGCAGCUUUGCGAUAACUCAAUGGAGACUGCCACCUGCAGCCGCUGUCCCAGCGAUGAGGGAUAUUGCUUCUCUCCAUUAA